GGGCCGGCAUUAUAAAUUUGUAAAAGCAAAACAUCUUACAUUAUAUUAAAAUCUUAAAUAAAAUGAAGGAAAGAGAUCUGAAACGUGCUUAUAAUAAUGUGUUGUCACAAGCCAUAUCCACAUCGCAGAAGUAUCUAUUUGCUGGAAACCUUUUUGGCGAUAUAUUUGUACUAAGUCUCAAUGAACUAGACAAGGGCGGAGAUGAGCCACCAGAAAAACUGAAGGUAUAUCCACAGGGUGGCGAUAUUGAUGUUAACUGCUUAGCCUUCCACCGUGACUUUUUAAUAGUAGGUGCUAUUGGCUUAAUCUACGGCAUAAAGUGGGACGAAGAAAAUCAAAGUCUGAGCACGGAACGCGCCUGGGAGGUGAAAAUACCUAUGCAGGUAGAUGCCAUUGAAGUGCCAGAUGUCAACUCACUUUGGCUCUGUGCUGAAACAGAUACGCUUUACGCUGGCUGCGGCGAUGGCAUCAUUUAUCAAAUUAGUCUAGAGGAUGGAAGCAUCUCACGAGAAUAUCGUGGACACUCAGACUAUAUACACAGCGUCGUAGGUCAACCAGACGGACGUCUCUACUCUUGUGCCGAGGAUGGUACAGUUCGUCUUUGGUGCCCCAAGCAAAAGCAGCAUAUUUCCAUGAUAGAACCUUAUAAAAACGCUCAGCUUCUCCGACCGGAUUGGGGCAAGUGGAUAGGCGACAUAGCAGUCAACGAAGAUUGGCUGUUGUGCGGUGGUGGUCCACGUGCUGCUUUAUGGCAUUUACGCUCUCUAGAGUGUACUCGUACUUUUGAUUUUCCUGGACGCGUGCAUUUAUGUGACUUUGUGGAUGAUUCUGUUCUCAUAGGCGGCGAGCAUGACCAUGUGCAGUUUUAUACCCUAACCGGAGAGUUACAGGCAAACAUACACGUUGAAAACACGUCCAGCUAUUCUGCCGUUUGGCAAAUGACACCGUUCAAAUUUAUGUCCAUUGCUGGUUUUAGCAACAAGUUGCAUGUACUAAAAGACUUUCGCUUUCUAGACAGCAAAGUUGAAUUAUAUGGCAAUGUGCAGGACGAGGAUAAAGAGGAGGAAGAUGACGAUGAUGACAAUGCAUCGUUUUAGUAAGACUUUAAUUU